GAAGACAGCAAAUUCGCUCCAACAAAAGUAAGGAGGUGCAAUUCGGGACCGGACAAUUUUGCAGCUUGAAGUGUCAUGACAGCUUCGGAUGUGCAAAGAACCUUCUCGUCAUGUGGCGCACAUCACGGCGCGUGCGACGUUUCUCGUGCUCGAAUCCAGACAGUUUUUAGCUCCUCGGAGGCUCUUUAGACGAUGGCAGACCCGCAGGCGGCGCUUCCCGUGUGUGAUCUCCGCCUCGAUAUUGACGAACCAGAAGAGGAGGACUCGAGCAGAAGCAGUCCUGUGAACGGAGAGAGUAGCGCUCUGAUUGUCAAGCCGCCGCCACUUCAACUGGCAGUAGCUGCCGCCACUAUGCAACAUGUACCCAACGCCGAGCUCGUUUAUCCGUGGGUGCCCACGGGACCAGACGCUGUCAGUAUCAUCACCCAGUCCACCAUGACGACAUCUCCGACACUGUUUACCACAGCGGUGCGCUCAGAGCCCGGCUUACGCACUCGCGACGGCGUCACCACUGCACUACUAUCUGGUAACUCACAUACCUCAAAGAACAACGACCACAGCAGAAUGGACCCUCCACAGGGAUAUGGAUCAAUGCAACGCCGGAAUUCGAUUUUACGCAUGAGUGCCAGCAAGACUUCGAGCGGUAACGGACUAAGGAAAAGCGCGUCCGUAGAGUUCGUACUAGACCACGCACACCGGCAGGCAGCACAGAGUAUCCACGCUAGCACGUCUUCAAUCGGACGAGAGCCACGCCGUCUAACAUUCGAAGAGAAAGAGGCACUGUACCGAAUUCGCCCUGAUCUCGAGAUCGACCCCGGUCCGUAUUAUAACGACGAACUUGAGGAGCUCAAUCGAAGAAAUCAGCGCCGCAUUAUCUUUGCUAUGUUCGGUGGCAUGAUCUCCAUCAUCCUGUUACUUGUAUUCUUUUCCACGUGGGAGCAAAACAUAUAA